AGCAGAGACACUCUACACUUGAUAUCCUCAGGAAACUCAAGGCUCCACCUACUUUCUUUGCUGCAAACAGACUUUCUGCCAUGCUGAGUGGAAGUGAUGAAGUAUAUGCAAACUGCAUGGUAGUAGACCAAGCUGGAGAUUUAAAGACUAACUAUGUUCAUGGAGAUACUGUCAGGAGUGACCCAUGUCCGAAUCCCACCAACUCAGUCCCAAUGGCUAAGAGCUCUUCUUCUCCCUCCCUUGAUGAGACUGACCAAGAUAUAUAUGUUCCAAAUGAAGGAAAUCAAAGGCCAAUGAAUAAUGGAGAAAAUGCAGGUUUAAGACUUGCUGUUUCAUCUUCUGAGCCGUAUAGAGCAGAUUCAUACCUUCCAUUCAAGACCCAUGGAUUUAUUAAAGAUCAGGGCCAACUUUAUGCUGACAUGAAAAAAAAAAGUUCAAGUCUUGAUGACCUUGAAGUAGAUGGCGGAAGUGGAGGUGUUUCGGACAGAUCCCACGUUCACUACCCUCCCCUCGGCUCUUCAGAGGCCAUGGCUUGUAGCAGAGAUGGAUUAGACUUAUCUACCAGUCUGCAGCCCGAGGAAUGCACAGUGUCUGGAAUUCGGUCGCGCUCCUAUUCCUGCUCCUCGCCCAAAGGUUUAUUAGGAAGACCUCACAUUCCUCAAGACUUCACAGUUGGGGAUUUGAAUGAAGAUGGUGUGCUCAUGAACAGUGGUCGAUCCCUCCUUCAGGCUCUUUCACUCUCUAAGUCAGUGUCUCUGCUCCACCCUUGUAAGCGAGCGUACAGUCUGCCGGAGCAGUCCCGAGAGAAAAGGAUUCAGGAGGAGGAAUGGAAUAAAUAUAUUGCACCCUCAAAAAAUGAGUCUGAAAAAUGUAAAGUAAGUCGGACUUUCAGCUUUCUAAUGAACAGAAUGACCAGCACACGGAAUAAGUGCAAGACAAAAAAUAAAGAUACCAAAGAUAAAGAGAAACUGAACAAGCACAAUUUUACAAAUGGAACCUUCUCAGGAGUUAUCCCAUGUAUAGCCUGUGAAAAGGCCCUCCUAGGAAAGGAGUCACUGCAGUGCUCCUAUUGCAAUGUGAUUGUACAUAAGAGCUGCAAGGAGUCUGCUCCUGUGUGCACCAAGAAAUCCCAGGAGAGAUACCAUAAUAAAAACAAACCCCAAGCUGGUGUAACAAAUUCCCUGCCUGGAGACAUUUCACAGGCAGUGCUCUCCUCAGUGCAUCCUUCUUCCUCUGUGCCUAUUGGACGCUCUGCUGGAAGGAGGGAAGUCUUGCAACAGUCCCACUUCUUGUCCAAAAGUGUCCCCAGUGCCAGUUUUGAAAGAAGAUCUGCACCAUUUUCUGAACAAGACUCUGAGACUAGCACCUGGAGGUCCAAGUCACGUUCUGAAGAAACGUUACAAGCAUUAGGGACCUUUUCUUCAAUGGAUCCUUUAAUGAUGGAAGAUGAUGUGGAUUUGUCUCAGUGGACUGAUCUCCGCAUAGAUGCGCAAGAGUUUGAGGCGGAGUCCUGGAGUUGUGUUGUGGAUCCAGUGUUCUGUAGCAAGCAAGAAAAGGAUACCAUCAAGAGGCAGGAUGUCAUUUUUGAGCUGAUGCAAACAGAAGUGCAUCACAUCCAUACCCUGUUAAUUAUGUCUGAAAUAUUCAGGAAAGGGAUGAAGGAGGAACUGCAGCUGGACCACAGCACAGUGGACAGAAUAUUCCCCUGCUUAGAUGAGCUACUGGAGAUGCACAGGCAAUUCUUCUGCAGAAUGAAGGAGAGACGGCAGGAAUCAUGUAUGGCAGGGAGCGAACGUAAUUUUGUCAUCAACAGAAUUGGAGACAUCCUUGUGCAGCAGUUUUCAGAGGAAAAUGCAACUAAAAUGAAGAAAAUAUACGGAGAGUUUUGCAGCCAUCACAAAGAAGCCGUUAAUCUCUUCAAAGAGUUGCACCAAAACAAGAAGUUCCAGAAUUUUAUUAAACUGAGAAAUAGUAACCUGUUGGCACGACGCCGAGAAAUCCCUGAAUGCAUUCUCCUUGUCACCCAGCGAAUCACCAAAUACCCUGUUCUGGUUGAAAGGAUAUUGCAAUACUCAAAAGAAGGAACAGAAGAACAUAAAGACCUAUGCAAAGCCCUUUGUCUAAUUAAGGACAUGAUUGCAGCAGUAGAUUUGAAAGUGAAUGAAUAUGAGCAAAAGCAAAAGCUGCUGGAAAUUCUCAGUAGAACUGAAAACAAAACAUAUACAAAGCUGAAAAAUGGCCAUGUUUUUAGGAAGCAAGACUUGAUGAGGAAAGAAAGAAUACUUCUUCAUGAAGGUUUAGUGUACUGGAAGACUGCGACUGGUCGUUUCAAAGACACUUUAGCUCUGCUUCUAGCUGAUAUGCUACUGUUCUUACAAGAAAAAGACCAAAAAUACAUCUUUGCAGCUGUUGACCAGAAGCCUUCCAUAAUCUCCCUUCAGAGGCUCAUAGUAAGAGAAGUAGCCAAUGAAGAAAGAGGGAUGUUUCUGAUUAGCGCUUCGUCUACAGGGCCUGAGAUGUAUGAGGUUCAUACCAACUCCAAAGAGGAACGUAACAAUUGGAUGAGACACAUUCAAGAUGCAGUGGAAAGUUGCCCAGAGGAACAAGAAGAAGGAAAAAUAAGUGAAUCUGAUGAGGACAGACGUAUUGCUGAGGCAAAAGCAUCCAGAAUUCAGAAAUGCCAAGAAUCACUGAGUAACCAGGACCAGCAGAUCUGUAGUUAUUUGGAAGAGAAAUUGCAUAUCUAUGCAGAACUGGGAGAUAUGCAUGGGUUUGAGGAUGUUCAUGUGGAACCUCACCUCCUUAUCAAACCUGAUUCUGGAGAAACUCCACAGGCUGCUUCAUUGCUGGCAGCAGCUCUCCGAGAAGUUGAAAGUCUCCAUGUUGCUGUAACGACAUCACAAGUGAGUGAAACAGACAAAUCAGAGGAAAUUACUGAAGAAUUAAGUGUGAAGCACAGAUUUGGUGCCAAUGAAAUCUUGGAAUCUGUUCCUGGUGAUGCAGAAAUAAAAGAAGUUGAAGAAUCAUCUGAAGUCGAUCUCAGUGUUGAAAAAGAAAUGGCAGGUGCCAAUCUAGAGGAUAAGGGAGGAAGUAUGAGUUUCCCAGAAUCUACAGGGACAGAGAUUGUACAAGCAAUCCAGAACUUAACCCGUCUUUUGUACAGCAUACAGGCAGCACUAGCUAUCCAGGACAGCCACAGAGAGCUCCAUAGGUUAAUCCUGCAAGAGAAUGAGAAGACUGGUCGGGGCCACGGUUCUCGGCUAAACCUCCUUCCGGAACAAGAAAAAUACCGGAAUCUGGAAAAACAAAGGGUGGAGGUGGCCAACAUACACAAAUUGAAGCAGCAGUUUCAGCAAGAGCAGCAGCGAUGGCUGCGUGAAUGCGAGCAGCGGCAGCGGGAGCAGGAGGCGAGGGAAGGCCGGCUGGGGCAGCGGGAGAGGGAGUGUGGGUGCCAGGAGGAGCUGCUGGAGAGGAGCCGACAGGGACUGGCAUUGCAGCUACAGGAGUACCAGCAGAGCCUGGAGAGGCUCCAGGAGGGCCAGAAGAUGGUGGAGAGAGAAAGAGAGAGCGUGAAAAUGCAGAAGAAGCUCCUCUGGCACUGGAAGCACGGUCAAAAAAAUAGCCUGGUGUCAUCCACAGGGAGCUACAAGAUAAUGGGACAUAAUGAAUCGAACAGCUUACAUCGUGAAAAUACAUUCUACUUAAAUGAAGCUGUAGUGUGUUUGUCUCUAAGCAGCCUUAACAGAUCAGAUUCUUCUCUCGUUUAUGAGGAUGGUGUGUAUGGGAUGAACAUCUCAAAUUCUGAUAUAGCAAGGACUAGUGAAAAUCAGAUGGACCUCAAAAUGGACACUUCUUGUCAGCCAGCGUUAACCAGUACACUGUGGAAAUCCACUGGUCCUUACCAGCAGAUGUCUUUUUCCUGCAAAAGCAACAAGGAUGCCUUUAAUAAUGAUCUGAAUGCCUCACAGGCCCAGGGUCCCCAGACAAGCAUUCCAAACCCGGGAUCCAUCCAGCCGCCACAGGAAAAACACCAGCCCGAGGGUGUGCAGGAUGCAGAAAGUGGAGGCAGAGUAGAGGAGAAGAUUGUUUACCUCUGA